AGUGGGAUUCACAUACUCCUCCCAUCUCCCAUGUUUACGUCAAAUCCUUCCCAGCAGCGGAUGUUGUUGGAAAAGGGGUGCUACAAACGUCAACGUAUGAGUUAGAAACCAUCGAAAAGUUCACAGAGCUGAUAUUUCCAUCAUCACCGAGGAUACAGAAGAAACACUGCUUGAACAUCAGCACAGUGUGAGGAGAGCUCCCAUCUCUGGCCUCCUUCCAGGGAACCAACAUGUCCAGUGACCCCCCUCCUCCAUACCCCGGGGGCCCCAGUGCCCCAUUUCUUGGGGAGAAAAACGGACAACCUUCAGUUCCUGCCAGUGCUCCAGUAACGACAGGACCUCCACAUGGGUAUCCACUGCCUCCAGAAUAUGGACCUCCACCUUAUGAAGCCACACUUCAGCCUGGCUUUGUUCCUCCGCAUGUCCCAGGAGAAGGUCACAUGCCUAAACCUGUGCAUAUGUCAAUGCCCAUGCCUCAUCCUCACGGUGUUUACUAUGCUCCACCUGGACACUUUCCUCAUCCGAUAGCCGAGCACUAUGGCCCGGGGCCCAGUCACUUUGCUCCAGGUCACACAGCCACAGUUCUCGCUCCUCCUGGUGCCACUACCACCACCGUGACUGUUCUACAGGGGGAGAUGUUCCAAGCGGCUCCAGUGCAGACGGUUUGUCCACACUGCCAGCAACCCAUCGUCACCCGCAUCAGGCACGACAUCGGCUUCACAAAUACUCUUAUCUGUAUGUUCUGCUUCUUUGUGGGGUAAGUGAGCCGUGGAACUCAGCAGCACAAUGUGAUCUGAUAUGACCUCUGCAGGGUUAUUAUAGAUAUAUUUGAAAACCAAAUCACAACCAUAAGAAAUAUAUGUAC